AUGGGCCGCAGGCGCACCAGCUCGGCUCGCGCGCUCAGGACUAUCCGUCCACCUGUCUUAGGGAAGACAGGUGGAAAAUUCAUCCCUGAAUUCCCUCUGGUGUAUGUUGAGAAUUGGUUGCUAUUCUCCUAUGUCCUCUUUUACUUUCCCUGCCCUGAGAUCAUCAAUAUGAAGAAGCUGCAGUACGAGGGGGAGAAGUCAUUGCAGUCUGUGGCACAGGUACAUUACCCUCAGCCCAAGCUACUGGAACAGAGGUCCACAGAGCUGUUGACACUCACACCCUGGCUGGCACCAAUCAUCUCUGAGGGAACCUUUGACCUGAUGCUUCUGCAGAACAUCUACCAGCUGCUGAACCUGACCAUUGCACUCACAGUGUUUGCCGUGGGGAGGUACACCCACUUGGUCUAGCACUUCCUGGAGUCAGCCAAGACAUUCUUCAUGCAGGAUUACUAUGUGUACUACUACAUCUCCACCAAUGACCCAGGAACCAUACCCUAAAUCCCGCUGGGCCCUGGUUGGCUCCUCAGCAUCAUUCCUAUCCAGGGCCACUCCCACUGGGAGGAGAUCUCCAUGUGACAGAUGGAGAUUGUCAGCCGGCAUAUUGCCAAGAGGGCAAACCAUGAGGUGGACUACCUUUUCUGCCUCGAUGUGGAUAUGGUGUUCCAGAACUCAUGGGGCCCUGAGACCUUGGGGGACCUGGUGGCUGCCAUUCAUCCAGGCUACUAUGCUGUGCACCGCCAGUGGUUUCCCUAUGAGCACAGGUGUGUUUCUACUGCCUUUGUGGAGGACAAUGAAGAGGACUUUUAUUAUGGUGGAGCAGUCUGUGGGGGCCAGGUGUCCAGAGUGUGUGAGUUCACCAGGGGCUGCCACAUGGCCAUCCUGGCGGACAAGGCCAAUGGUAUCAUGGCAGCCUGGCAAGAGGAAAGCCACCUGAACUGCCAUUUCAUCUCCCACAAACCUUCCACGGUGCCGUCCCCUGAGUACCUCUGGGAUGACAAGAAGCCCUAGCCACCUACUUUGAAGCUGAUCUGCUUUUCAACACUGGACAAGGACACCAGCUGGUUAAGGGGCUGA